AUGAGGAAGGACGACGUCAUUAGGGAUAACCAAGGUAGAAUCAUUUGCAGGCAACUUGUUUGCAAUAAGGAAGGCUGGAGGAAUAUGAGGUAUCUUGAUCUGGAUGAUAGAUCAAGGGAGGCAAGGUCACUCACGCGAACCAAGUGUCCAGCUCGGCUUAGGGUAAAGCUUGACUACAGCUGCGGUAGAUGGAAGAAGGGUGGAUAUCGUCAUGCUGGCUUCACACGCAAAAAUUUGUACAACCACAUUGAUCGUUAUCGUCGAUCAAAAGUUAAAAACGGGGAUGCCAAUGUGGCAAUAAACUAUUUGAUUGGCAAGUCAAACAAUGAUCCGCUGUUCUUUGGGAAGUAUACGUUCACUAGUGACGAAAGGCUCGAGCAUAUUUUUUGGGCAGAUGGACAGCCAAUUGUCGACUAUCACUACUUUGGAGAUAUUGUUGCCUUUGAUUCAAUGUACAAGAAGAAUAAAUACAACAAACCUUUGGUCAUUUUCUCCGGAUGCAAUCAUCAUGGGCAGACUGUUAUCUUCGACUCCGGCCUACUAUCUGACGAAACCACAGAGACGUAUAAGUGGUUGUUGGAAACGUUUGUUGAAGCGAUGGGUGGGAAAAGUUCUAAAGUAGUAAUAACUGAUGGAGAUUGA